CUCUGCUGGGUUACCAUAACAACUCCAGCAAUGGCUGCGGUAGCGGUUGGUGAGAAACGUGUUGCGGCUGAAAUUGUACAAGCAGUGGCCCGACAUUUAAACUGUUUGAAUGAUGAAAAUAAAAGCAUCAGGAAAAGGGCUCUGGAGUCGAUACGGAAAGAAACUCUGGAUCAAAAACUGUCCAGCCUCGUGCUGCAGGAGGUGUUUACCAUUCUGCUGAAGCCCCUUCUCAAGUGUCUGUCAGACCCGAUGGAGAGGUGCAGAGAGACCGCGAUUCAGAUGAUAAGUGACUUCAUCAGAAAUACACCUGAACCCGAGGAGGCCUUGCCCUACUUCAUAGCAACCGUUGCCCAGCGCUUGGGCAGCCAGGACAUUGUGGAGCCUGCAGAGGAGCUGAGGCUGGCGUUGGUGGAGGUUUUGACUCUCACAGUUGAAGUGUGUGGAAAGAGGCUAGCUCCGUAUCUGGAUGACAUGGUCAGGAUCCUUCAGAGGACCAUCGUAGAUCCUUUCCCUGAUGUGAAAAAGGAAAGCUGCAAGUGCGCUGCAAAUUAUGCAAAGUGUAUACCAGAACAUUUUCACAUGUCAGCAGAUUCGCUUAUAAAGCCCCUGAUGCAAACCAUAUCGCACCAGCAUUCGAAGGUGCGAGUGUCUGUAAUUCAAGCCACAGGCACAGUGAUGCAGUAUGGUAAUGGGAAGUCCAUGGAUGAUGUGCUUUCACACUUAGCCCAACGACUUUUUGAUAAUUCACCACAGGUGCGACUAGCUGUCACAAAUGUAGUGGGGGCAUGGCUUUUGGACCUACGAGACAGAUAUUCUUAUUUUCAUAAACUAAUUCCAUUACUCCUCAGUAGCUUCAGUGAUGAAAUACCUGAAAUAAGGCUUCUGGCUGGCAAUUACUGGAAGAAAAUUGGUUGUCAAUGGCAACAAGAGAAUGAAGAAGACUUGAAGGACAAGCUUGACUUUUUGACUUUGCCACCCCCUCACUAUCCAAUAGGAGUGGAACGUCCUGUGCUUGGAUGUCGAGAACUGGUUUUUAGGAACUUGUCUAAAAUCCUUCCUGCCAUCAGCCGAGAUAUAACAGACUGGGUUGUGGGAAACAGGAUCAAAUCCUCUGAGCUCCUGAGCGUUCUGCUGCUUCAUGCAGAAGAGCACAUCACACAGCACAUGGAACUCCUGCUCAACACGCUGUACAGGGCUUGCUCCGAUGAAGAGCAGCAAGUUGUUAAAAACUGUUUGAACUCAGCUGAGCUGAUUGGAACAUUUGUCAACCCAGAGGUUUUUCUGAAAAUGAUCCUGACCAGCCUCCUGAAAUCACCCUCUCCAGCACACCUCAUGGUUCUGGCUGCUGUCAUUAGAGGCAGCUCCGGGGAAACACUGAAGCCUCACCUUGUGGCUAUUGGAGACGUGCUGUCUAAUCCUGAUGCAUGCCAAGCAUCUGAAAAGCUGGUGUAUACAGAGAAAUUGGGUUGUUGUGUGCAAGCCCUUAUAACACAAUGUGGACCAGACUGCAGAGAGAUCAGCCUACAGCUGCUGAAAGUUUUAAUAACUAUCCUGUCCUUGUCUCCUGAUCAAGAACUUCACGACAAGGUGCUGGAGGUACUGGGCUGCCUGUCUGCACUGCAGGGCCUGCACAGUGUGUCACAUCUCUACAGACAGCACAUGGCAGAGCUGAUGGAAUGGCUAGCAGCUAGUCAGCACAACUGGACCAGCUUCUCCGUGGAAAGGCUGCAGUUUGAGACCAUUGUCAUUCAGUCAGGACCUAUCAUUGGAGAGGCCCUUCAUAUGUUAAUUCCGAUCCUGAAGACCUGCUUGCAGCCCAGCAGAGAUCCUGAGAUGAGGCUGCAGCUUUUCACAGUCCUGUCCAAGCUGCUGCUGAAUGCCAGUGAGACAGUGAACUCGCAGGGGCAGUUCCCCAACUAUCUGGAGCCUUUACUCAAAGACAUUGUGGUUCCUAAUCUGCUGUGGCAUGCUGGGAGGACAGCUGCUGCAAUCCGCACCAGUGCGAUAUCCUGCCUAUGGGCCCUGCUACACAGCGGCAUACUCUCUGCAGAGCAGAUGUGGACUGUUCAGAACGACCUACUGCCGCUUGUGAUUGCUACUCUGGACGAAGAUUCAAAAAUGACUCGAGAAAUGGCAUGUCGUAUUAUUAAUGCUGUUUUGAAACUCUGUGGAGACCAGUUUGACCCAGAUGGGCUUAACAAAGUGUAUCUUGAACUAUUAAAGCGUCUGGAUGAUGCCUGCAAUGGAGUGCGGUGUGCUGCUGCUAAAGCUUUGUCGACAUGGUUCCAGUGUGUUCGUGAGGAUUAUGACAGAACUACCUUUAGAAGUCACCUUGAGUUCCUGUACCGCGGACUGCUGGUUCACCUUGAUGACCCUGAUAGCAGCAUUCAGAACGCUGUGUUUGAUGUUUUGAAACAAGGAAGUGUUGUUGAUCCCUCUCUGCUGGAGAAAGAAAUAGAAGCAGUGAAGCAUAGACAUCGCACCUCAAGCUACUGCGAAGAGCUGCUUCAGCACAUUCAGUUAAACUCCCAGACCAGUACAGGCAGGGCUCACACAUAGACGCACCUGGAAUAUGUAACACUUCCAUAAUUAUUAAUGUACAAAGGCUGGCACUAAUAUAUAUAUAUAUAUAUA